AGCGGUUCGAGGACGUAGUAGGGUGAGGUGGCGGUCGCUGCGAGGACGGCCCCGAGCUUGGGAACGGCGGCGGCGGCGGCGGCGGCUAGAGAGACCUUGAACCAUCGCCUCUGUGAGCGGGACAUUUAAAGAUCUGGAGUUACCUGGGUCGCUCAGGCUUGGCACCGAGCACCAUGUCGUCUUAUUCCAAAAAUUAUAAUCCGUUUGACGAUGAUGCGGAUGAAGAAGACCUGAAGCCCGUGAAAUGGAAGCAUGAGGAAGACCAGCCCAGGGAGCCGAUGGAUAGACAGCAGUACCUGCGGCAGGAAGUGCUGAGGCGGACGGAGGCAUCCGUGGAGAGCACCAACCGCUCCCUUUCAUCUAUUUACGAAUCUGAGAAGCUUGGCAUCGCCUCCUCCGAGGAGCUCGUGCGUCAGCGGGGCGUGCUGCAGCGCACAGAACACAUGGUGGACAAGAUGGAGCAGGAUUUAAAGACCAGCCAGAAGCACAUCAACAGCAUCAAGAGCGUGUUUGGGGGCUUUGUCAAUUACUUUAAGUCCAAAGCAGCAGACCCCGUGCCCCCCCAGAAUGGUGACGUCACCUCCCAGCCUAACCCUCGUCUGAAAGAAGCCAUAGCUACGAGUAAGGAACAAGAAGAGAACUACCAGGCCAGCCACCCCAACCUCCGGAGGCUGCAGAGUUCAGAUGCCAGCGUCGGUGGGACUAGUGCUGCUGUCAGUACUGAUGCCUAUCCAAAGAAUCAACAUCUCCGUGCCUAUCACCAAAAAAUAGACAACAAUCUGGACGAGAUGUCCAAGGGACUUGGCCGGCUCAAAGACAUCGCCUUGGGCAUGCAGACUGAAAUAGAAGAGCAGGACGACAUUCUUGACCGGCUCACAACGAAAGUUGACAAGUUGGACAUCAAUAUCAAAAGCACAGAGAAAAGAGUCCGGCAGCUUUAGAGACAGAUUAGAUUUUCUGUUUAUUGGCCAUGGAAUGAUUUGAGAGAUUGUUUCCCUCCCAAGACGUUUUCCCAAAACCUCUGGGAGAAUUCCACUUCACACUAUGUUAGUAAGUUACUGAUUAAGCUGCGUCUACACGAGUCUUCUGAAAGGUUAUUUAGCUGGGAUGGCAGGAAGGAGGGCAGCUCUGAGUGACCAACGCCCCGGCAGACGCCUGCCUGGAACGAGAAGUUCUCAGUUCAAUGAAAGGACAUAAUCAUCCCAGGAAACAAGGAGAGUUCUCCCAUUGCUCUUGUGAACACUGGAGUCCUGCUGUGCUCUUCCCCUGGGGCAUCAGAGCUGAGUGAGGUCCCCGGCCUCCUUUGUCAGCCCCUCUCUUGCUGGAGAAGGAAUCACCACUACCUGGGUGCUCCAUCUGACCACACCAUCCUGCACAGAGGACGGUUCUGAAAUGGGGCCUCCCCUUCCGUAUUGAGCCAGUCUCUGUCAUCUCUGCUCCCGGCGGCCCUUCUUCUCUGGGAGGUGGCGUCCUGGCUGCUGGGCUUGGGAAGACUUGGCAGGUUGAGCCGUUCUUUCCUACCCCCUGUUAGUCUGCGCUGCCUGCCCAGAAUCAGGAGCAGAUGCCCCCUGUGCCCGUGACUAAUUGCCUAAGGAGUCCUCGCAGUCCUCAAAGAGCAUGUGCCAUUUGCAAUCUUUUUGUUUUCCCAAGAACUGGACAAAAAACUCGUCCUCCCAUCUGAUCCCCUCACCCCUGCACAUUAGCCGCCUUGGAACAAAGUCUUAGGGUAUAACUGCAUGUUUACACAAUUACAGUGCUCUGACCAAUCCCCAUUCUCAUUCUCAAUUCAUGCAAGUCAGUCUUUACAAAAAGAGGAUUUGAAAAAAUUUGAUUUGACUCAUCAAGAGAUGAGUUCACUGGCAGGAAAGAGGCAGACGAAUCUUGUUGCCAGAUCUCAGCCUUCACUGGACUUUGUUCCCUCUUUAAUGGGUCACACUUCACCACAGUCUGUCUCUGCAUCAAGACCAGGAGAAUCUAAAAGGCAGUCCCAGGUGCUCCGAGGCCAAACCGAGUCAUUGGGAUGUCUGUCAGUAAGGGACGCCUGUUGUUAAGGGUGGACCUGCGGGGCUGCAGCUGGCCUCUUUCCUGUCCAGUCUCUGUUUUUUACUAUUUCUCGGUAACCUUGCCAUCUGAAGUAAGGGACUCUAUCUCUACCUACCUAGAGAUUGCCUGGUUAGGUGGGUAUGUCUCUCUGUAUGUAGAUCUGUAUCUAGAGACACACACACACACACACACCCCUACCCUAUGCUAAAUGGCACCAGCCCUGUGUACAGAACACCUGCAAAGAAUUAUGGAUCCAGUUGUUUUAAUAGGCCUGAUUUGAACUCAGUUCACUUUCUGAGAAUUAAGGGAAAGCAAUUUCUUAAAGAACUGGGUGAAUGAACACCUGCCUUAUUAGAGGCAAACCAAUCAGGAAGUCCAUUUUUAAAGCAACUGAUUCCCUAGAAACCUUUUCAAAGGGUAAAAGUCAGCUUUCAUUAUGAGACGGAGCAGGAGGAUUUAUUUCUACCUACCCUGGUGCCUAUUACAUCUUCAAGUGCUCUGUGCCUUUCUGACCUUUGGCAUUUUGACCUUUUGCAGCCUUCAGAGAUAGGCCCUGCAGAGAGCUAUUGUGAAGGCCUUGUGCAGAAGGGCUUGGCUUGUUUUCUCACAGAUGGUCCUGGGUAAAACCCAGCAGUGUGACUGCCGAGAGAUCUGCCUUUUCCCCAAUCUGCUCAGGGCCCGCUUGCAGCCUCCUAAUGAUGACUGGGAAGAGAGAAGCAAAGGGAGCUUUGAAGGGGGAAGGGAGUUAGGUCAAGGAAGUGAGAGUCCUGUUUGCUUCUGCUCCAGACUAUUAGUAGGAAAGCACGCCCCCCAGUUAGCAUAUUCACUAGUGGUUCUACUUUUGGGACAAAGGUUCCAAGUUUGCCCUCAGCCAGACCUGAGCUGAAUUCCAAUCUAGGGUUUUUACCAAUGCCUUUCUUGAACUUCCUCCACCUCACUUGUCUCUGUCUGCUGGUAUUUUAUUAUGAAUGAAUGGGUCAUUAUACCUUGGGCUUGGAAAAGUGAUUUUUAAGGUAGCCGGUCACUCUUGUCUGUCAAAGAACAAAGUGCUAGAAAACUGAAGUAGAUCAUUAACACAACCUGUUCCACGUAGACAGCCUAACUUACCCUGCUGAAGAGUCCUUAAGAAAUGAGACAUUUCCUAGGGCAGACUUUACAAGUGAGUGUCUUUAAGUCACUUGAUCACCAGUGAAAGUGCCUGUUCUGUCUGCUUAUUAGUCAGUUACAGCCAAAGCACUUCCCCGAUGCCAGACUAUCUUCCUUGCAAAGAAGCACAAAGGAGACUCCUAUGAGCCUUCAUUAUCUCAUCAUCUAUACGCUUUGAUGGGAAAGCAUCUAUCACUGUUCCUCCUAAACUCUCCAGCAAAGUUGAGCAGUUCAGCUCUGUCUGAAGAUCAGAUCUGCUUGAGGACACGGGGAAAGAAUGCUGGUGCUGACUGUGGGAUCCAGCCACACAGCACAGCCAAACAGACGGAAUUUUCCACCGAUACGCGGGAACACAGACACCAAGGCAAAAUUACUUUGGCAAACAGACUUCCCAAGCUUCAUCGCUCAGCCACACACAAGGCUCCUCUGGAUUUCCUGUCCUCCCUUCUUCCAGAAGACAAAGGCUAACCUAACACAGCCCAAGGGAGUCGGGCUAUGUUUGCUUCUGUCUGCUUCCAUCUUGCUUCAGCUCAAUGGCAAUGCCGCCUUGUGCUGAGAGGUUGUCGAACAUGGCAUCUUAUCAGUUAAGGACUCCUCCACAAAAACUUACAAAUGCAACUCCUGCCUGAAGAGAAUCUAAUUUGCUGGGAUGGAGACAAACUGCCUUUUCAGAGCUCAUCUUUCCCGUUCUUGGCGUGGGGUUGAAAUAUGCUGCCCAGCUGACGAAUACUGAUACUUCUCUGGAAAGAAGACUGCCUUUGCCACCCUGCCAGUACAGACCUUUCUCUGCAUGCUCUGGAAAAGAACACUGAUUUGAAGGCAAGAAUCCAAUAGACAUAUAAGGAUGCAAUGAAUCCAUCUUCAGUACCUCAAAUUUGAUUUUUUUUUUUGAUGUGUGAUUUUAAUUGUAAACCAUACUGAUUUGUUACUAAUCUCACAUUUGACAGAAAUACAGAUCCUUUCAUGGAGACUUAUUUUAGCAAUUUCAUCUGUAACAAUGACUAUGUCAUUAAAAGUGCUUACUGUACAGUAAAGGACAAUGUUUGACUUUGCAUUGUGACUCCUGCCAGCAUAAUUGGAGUUAUUUUCACAGUCCCUGCUAAACCAGGCACUGAGUUUGAUAACAAGUUUAUAUACUUCUAUAUAAUCACUCAGUGGAGUAUAGAAAUCUCUCUUACCCAAUAGGAAAAUAAAAAGGGAAGGGGAUAGGAGAUAUGGGGGAGAGUUAAUAAAAAGGGAGGAUGGAUUAAGGGAGGUAGUCAUCAGAAGCCAAACAGAUUUUUGAGGAGGGACAGAAUAAAAAGAAAAGGCUAAACCAAAGAAAAGAACAUGGAGGAUAUAAUAAUUGGGAAUGGGAAAAACUCACCCUAAAACAAAAGCAGAUAGAAUGGAUGAGAAACCAUCCAACAAUAUGUUGUUUGCAAGAGACAAAGACAGUUUAAGGACUGGAUCAGAAUCUGGUACUCUUCGAUUGAAGUAAAUAAGUUAAGGGUAGCAAUCAUGAUCUCAGAUAAAGCAAAAGCAAAAAUAGACUUGAUGAGUCAAAUUUAUAAAAAUAAGAGCCAUUUCCCGAUUGAUAAAUGGUCACAAGAUAUGAAUGGGCAGUGUUCUAAAGAAAAAAUAAAAGCUAUAAUAGCUGCCCCACAACAGGAGCUAUUUUCACAGAAUCCCAGAAGUGGAACUAUUUAAGGGUCCUAGAUCUAGGGGGUAGUAGCUAGGUGGCACAGUGGAUAAAGCACCAGCCCUGGAUUCAGGAGGACCUGAGUUCAAAUCCAGCCUCAAGACACUUGACACAUACCAGCUGUGUAGAUCUAGAGUUGGAAGAACCAGAAACGACUUAGUCCAACUCCUUCAUUUUACAAGUGAGGAAAUCGAGGCAGGUUAAGUGGGUUGCCCGUGGUUACAUAGUCACAAUAGGAAUGUGACCUUGGGUCCUCUAAUUCAAGAGCUCUUUCCACUGUACACUGCCUCCUUUAGAAGCUAUCUAGUCCAACCUGCAUCCAAACAAGAAUCUGGAUGGCACACUCAACAGGGUUGUCAUCCAGCCUUUGCCUAAAGGCCUCCCACGGGAGGGAACGCAGCACUUCCUAAGGCAGUCCAUCCCACUUUCAGAUUGCUGUAAUCCUUAGUAGGUUUUUACUUAGAACAAGCCUAGACUUGCUUCUUUGCAAUCUCCACCUGUUGCUCCUAGUUCUGGCCUUUGGGGCCAAGCAGAACAAUUCUUCCACACAACAGCCUGCCAAACACUUAAUGCCAGUUACCCUGUGCCCAUUGUCCUCCAGGCAAAACACCCCCAGUUCCUGAGGAUCUAGAUCUAUGGUGAUCUAGAGAGCUUUCAUCACCCUGGUUCCAUUUUUGUCUUUGUAUUUCAAGUAGCCAUCACAGUGCAAUGUAGUAGAUGUGUAUUUGAAUGGAAACAGAUUGAGAAGGCAAGUUUGGCAUAGAAAUUCUACUGGUUGUUGUGGCCAAGACACAAAGGAAAUGACUUGGGAGUUAGGUGACAUCAGGUGCCUUCCAGACUAAGCUUCCUUUGUCUCUUGGCCAGCUGAAAAACUGAAUUUUUAGUCUGAAAGAGAGAAGAUUUGUGAGGAAGUGUAAUAGAGCUAUCUUCAGGUAUUUGAAGGGUCUCAUUCCACAUCAGCUUUCCUCUUCUACUUCCCUCGAAGGAUGACUGCAGUAGGACACACACACACACACACACACACACACACACACACGCGUGUGCGCCAUUCCCCAGUAGAUAAAUGCUCAAAAGAUAGGAACAAACAAAAUUGCCAAGUAUUAAUAAUUAUAUGAAAGAAUGCUCUAAUCCUAAUAAGAGAAACAAAAAUCAAAACAACUGGUGUUUCACCUCAUGCCCUGCAAAUCAGCAAAAAUAACAGAAAAUGGUAACAGUUGAUGUUGCUUAGGGCUUGUGACAAGACAAGCCAAUACAUUUUGGGGGAGGCUAUGUAUUGGCACGACCAUAGUGAAAAGAAAUUUUAAAUUAUGCAUAUGAAUUGAUCAAAAUAUCCCUAUCCUUUGACUCAGGGAUUCCAUUGCUGGGCUUAUACUCCAAAGAAGCCACUGAGAGAAGAAAGUUCCCACAUACACCAAAAUCUUUACUUGUAGUACUUUUUAGGAGAGCAAGGAAUUGAAAACAAAGAUGCCCCUUGAUCGGGGAAUGAAUGGCCAAGCAAAUUUUAGUACGUGAACGUAAUGGAAGAUUACUUUGAUAUAAAGAGUGAUGAAUGUGACGAAUACAGAGAAGCAGGGAAAGUUCUACAUGAAAUGAUGCAGACGGAGGUCAUCACAGCCAAGAAAACAAUAUAGAGAAAUAUAGAUACUGACUACAACAAUGUCAAUGGAAAGAACAACCACAGCACAAAAAUCAACAGUGAAUGUUGCAAAAGUAUAAAGAAUAAAUGCUCUAAUGGCCACUAGGUGGCACAGUGGAUAAAGCACUGGCCCUGAAUUUAUGAGGACCCGAGUUCAAAUGUGACCUGAGACACCUGACACUUACUAGCUGUGUAAACCUGGC